ACUAGCCUCGGUUCCAGGCCGAUUGAUUCGAGGCUAAUGGCACUGGCAAGAGCAGCACUAGAAGAUGGCAUGCCAAGUAGACACAGUCGAAAGGACCCGCACCUCGACAUGGCUACCCCUCAACAGGGAUUAUUACUCAUUUGCAAAAUGAAGGACUUCACUCUCUUGUUUGUACUUGCAGCAGUUUUCCUCUCCUGCACAACUCCACAAGUAUCGUGCGCUAUACAAACAUUGAUGUUUACAACAGUGGAAUUGUCUGUCGACGAGGGUGGAAUUCCAACCUUAAAUCUGACAUAUGAGGCUAAUCAAACUAUUACCACUGAAGAAUGUACUGGCGCGAAUCUUUUAUUCUUUUCUGCAACGGCAAACCUAGCAAAGGCUGAUGACCUGGUGUCCACACAACCUAUAGAAGUGUGUAUACCCCCAGGACCAAUGAGUGGAACUGUGGCCAUAAUGUACCACCAGACAGUAGAUGAUGAACUUCUUGAGGGUAAUGAAGAUUUUGACGUGUUAAUCUCGAAUGUAGAUACUUCGAUAAUAAUUCCCAUGCAAGGAACAAUUACAGUCACUAUUCUGGACAACGAUGACAAUCCGAUUGUGAACUUGGAAUCAACUGACUUCACUGGUCGUGAGGGCGAUGGUGUUGUGUCUGUUUGUGCUCAAGUAUCAGCUUUUCUCACCAAUAUAACUUUCCCUAUCGAAGUCACUUUCUCAUUUUCGAAUGCUUCAGCAACUCAGGGUUCUGACUACAUGGUGCCUGCUGACACAACAGCAAUGUUUCCGGUUGGAAGUGUGAAUGGAAGUACUGCUUGUGUAAACUUGACAAUAAUCGACGAUGACACUCUGGAUGGCAUUGAAACACUGAAUGUGUCACUAGCAAUAGUUAAUGAUGCUGGCAAUAACGUUAAUCUGGGCCCUAGCACCACUGGUACAGUGACGAUCGAAGACAAUGACAUGGUGACCAUUUCUAUUGUCCCUGUUACAAACUUGAUGUUAAUGGAGGAUGGAAGUGGCUCUCCGCCUAAUAUUCAAGUUAUGAUAUCUCUUGGUAGUAUCAUUUUGGGAAGUGACCUCACUGUUACACUGGCUACUAACGACACAAUUGAUUCUCGGACUGACAUCAAUACCGAUUAUUCAGUACCAGAUCCUUUUCAAGUCACGUUCUCCGCAUUCUCUUUUGUUGAUACCAUAAACGUCAGCGAAAUAAUGGCUAUGGAUGAUGUCUCUAUUGAAGGACCACACAGUUUCAAUGUUUUUCUCCAAUCUGUACCCGCUGCGUUUAUGGAUAAUGUGGAUCUAGACACAACUCCUCAGACAGUGACCAUUGUCGAUGAUGAUGUUUCUCUGGCAACAUACAAUUUGAUAUCAUCAGUGGAUGCCAUUGAAGGAACUGAUAUGACUGUUAAUUUUAUGGCUUUCGUUAUUUUGGCUAAUAGUGCUACGUUAGACACGACCAUCACCAUUGGAAUAGAACAUGACUCUGGAGAUACUGCAGAUUACGUUCUUGAUGACGAUAGUAUAACAUUCACUCCUGGGCAGACCACUGAGGGGAGUAUUGUUGCGGUGACAAUUGUGGAUGACGCAAUCCUUGAAUUUAAUCACAGCUUUACCCUAACCCUUGCCAGUACAUCUGACCCUCCUGGAUUUGUAAGAAACAUGAUGUCACCUCUUGUGGCUACAUUUAACAUUCAGGAUGAUGAAGCGGAUUCAUUGGUCAAGUUUAAUGAAACAACGUACCAGUUUGCAGAAAGUGGUGCUGAUGAUAUGGUGUGCUUGGUGAUCCGAGAUGUCGACUCAAUCAGUAAUGGAGUCUCAUUCAACGUGACAAUCACUCUGACGGGUGAUCCUGGAACACCAAAUGCAGGAUCAACAGAUUUUGGUUCUGGUCUACUUAGUCGCGAUUUUGCUUUCAACUCAAUGAGUGGCCCACUUGUGUGUGAGUCCAUUGAUAUCAUAGAUGAUGACAACUUUGAGGGAACAGAAACUUUCUCUGCAAGCAUAUCUGGAAGCAUUUCUUCUGGUACACUACAAAUCACAACGGAUGCUGCGGAAAUUACAAUUACAGAUCGUGAUGACUGCACAGUGUCAUUUUCAUCAGGCAUCAGUACAGAAUUCACUGAAUCGGACGGCACAGUGAACUUGAGCGUAAUGUUUAGUGGUUUUAGUGGAAUGCGAGUGAAUGGAGACCUUAACAUUUCUCUGAUGGCUCCGUUUCUUGCAACUCCCAGUGGAAUCAACUCGACAGACAUUGGAGAUAUUCCGGAUAUAUCUCUUCCUGAUGGUGGGAAUGCCAGUAAUGUCACAAUACCCAUCCUGAUAAUCGAUGAUGAUAUUCUGGAGAACACAGAGAGCUUGACUAUCACAAUUCCUGACAUCGAAGAUUGUACACUAGGUUCCCCUACAAGUAUUAACCUACGUGUGCAGGAUGAUGAUGCCGGAGACUUUCAAGUGGGGCUGACCCUUCAACCCACGCCUGAUUACGCAGAGGAAAAUGGCGGGGUGAUGGUACAGGUUAUUUUAAGUCGAACAGAUGGCCAACGUAUAAAUCUGGACAGAACCAUCAUAGUCAAUCUUGAUCUAAUUAACGGAGAUGCAGUGGUGACGGACGACUUCACUCAUGAGCCAAUGCCAAAUAUCACAUUCGGGCCGUGUGAAAAUGUUGAUAACUCUUUGACUGAGACUAUUAUGAUCAACUUUGUUGAUGACGAUAAUCUUGAGUUUGACCAUGACUUCAGCGUGAAUAUCACAAAUAUUGAACCUGAGGGAGUAAUGACAACGGGUACCCUGCCCUUGUCACUGAACAUCAUCGAUGAUGAGCCAGCUAGUGUGACCAUCACAUUUGACCAAGCCUCGUUCACUUGUGAGGAGGAUUCUAUAUGCACAGUAACUGGUUCCCUGGAGGGCCUCACUGGAGAGAUCCAAGCUGACUUCAACGUCUCAGUAACUGCUAACUUCACCAUCGAUUCACUGACAAAUUCAUCUGAUGCCUCCCUACCUACACCCUCGGAAAUCAUGUUCUCCGCGGGGGGUUCACACACUUUCGAGUUCGAUAUCAUCAUCAAUGAUGAUGAUGACUUUGAGUCAUUCCAUUCCUUUUCCAUCUCUUUUGACAGCUCAAUGAUCUCCUCUGGAGGUACUAACUCCACUGCAAUUAUCGUGAUUUCAGACCGAGAUGAUGCUGUUAUUGGACUGAGUGUCAUGGGCUCAGCCGAGCAUAGCGAAGGUGAUGAUCUGACCUACUGUGUUAACACCAUGGCAGAGGGAGCCAUUUUGCGUAUGGUUAUGUACAAUAUUGACUUCAACGGAAUCACAGCAGUGUCUGAUGACUUUAUGACUGACAAUACUUCUGUAUCGGACCAAGGAAAUACUCAAGUAUGUUUCAAUGUUACGGCUAUGACUGAUGACAUCUUGGAGGCAACCCAAUCCUAUUCUAUUGACUUGACUUCAUCUAAUGCCAAAGUUGACCCUGCUGCUGCUAACCUGACUAUCAACAUAUUGGAUGUGAACGUUGGUACUGUUACAUUUUCAUUUGAGGCCACAUCCCUGACAGUCACAGAGGGUGUGAACGCCACUGUCUCUCCUCGUUUAGUAAUCGAAAGUGUACCAGCGGGCGGAGUACAGGGAAUCAUCGAAAUAGAUUUAACUGUUUCUCCUAUUGCUGCAACACUUACUGAAGACUACAGUACGACUUCUAUGACGGUAUCCUUUGGUAGUGCUGAUCAUAGUACUCUCUUACCCGCUGAUAUCAACAGGACGUUUACUAGUGCAGCCGAGAUACUGAUAGUUGAUGAUGAACUUCUGGAAGACGCCGAAGACCUGAAUGUACUCUUAACAAUGAGUGGUGUUUCGGGCUCAAGUAUCCUACAGACGGUGAUCAUACUUGAUAAUGAAGAGGCCACUUUGAGGUUCAAUCCUAUUCAGUAUAAUAUAAUGGAGGGGAGCGGAACAUUGAUGGUGUGUGUGGAGAUACUCACUGAGGCUAUGGGCUCUCAGUACAGCAUCUCUGUUGGGCUGGAAACAAUGGAUGGAGCCAAAACAAUUAUUGGUGAUGAUUUUACAACUGGAAUUGGUUUAUCAGUAGAAUUCCCUAGCAUGUCUCCUAUCAACGGAACUAUCGAUUGUGCUAGUAUUUCUAUUAUGGAUGACGAUGUGUUUGAAGGAAACCAGCAAGAUUUCACGGUUAUGAUUGACAGUGCAGUGUACCCCGCAAGUGGAGCUGCUGCAGAUAACGUGAUGUGUAUAAACGACUGUGAAGCCACUGUCACUAUUGAGGACAACGCUGCUGAUUCUGUGACAGUGUCUCUCAACACAACUGGAUCCCCCCUAUCUGCUGUUGAGGGGACGAGCUUGCAAGUGUGUGUCUACAUCUCUCAAGACGCUGCCGGUGGACGAGAGUGUCCCAUUAAUGUUUCGCUGUCAACCUCCCCUGAUGGAGACAAACCAGCCUCAAUGGAAGAUCUUUCAAUAAUAGAUGAGGUGGUGGUGAUUGAAGUGGGUGCAAUGGAAGUGUGCACUUCAGUUACGCUCAUUGAUGAUGACAUAGUAGAGGGAACACAGUCGUUCAGUAUAUUCAUCGUUAAUGCUUCUCUUUUUGUAAAUUUUGACUCCAACAUUCUACUUGACAUCAGUAUUGAGGAUAACGAUUUUGUCAGUGCCACUUUUGGAGAGUCUCCCGUUCCUGUUACUGUCAUGGAGGCAGACAGUGCUUACAGUAGCGAUGUGUGCAUCAUACUGGAUGUAGUACCAGCUGGUGGGGUGGAGUGUGAGUUUGACAUUCUACUGGUACCCAUGAGCAUCGACGCAAUUCUUGACGAGGACUUUUCUCAGUUUCAAGUGGCAGUGCCAGUACCUACAACUGCUAAUGGUGGAGAUAUACUCUGUGCCAUGGGCGCACGCCUGGAAAUUAUUGAUGAUGACAUCGUAGAGUCCGACCAAUCGUUCAGUCUCAACUUUGCUGGCUCUACUAUUCCUGGGGCAGCUAUCUUCGACAACUCGUCUCUUGAUGUUGUCAUAAUGGACGACAGUGAUACUAUCAAGGUUGGUCUAUCAAUGAGAGAGUACACAGUUCCCGAGGGCACAAAUGGCACAGCCUGUUUAGUAACAUUCGGUCAGAUACAACGAAAUUUUAACAUUAUGUUCACUACUGAAUCAUUGACCAACAUACUCAGAGGUGAAACAAGCAGUGUAUCGGAGCUAUUCUCUGUUGAGUUUGGAACCAGUGCUACGUACAACAAUACUAUCAUAAAUCCGGGGCUGUGCCGUGAUUUUUUUAACCAACCUGACAACCUGAAGGAGGGCGUCACAUUGUCAAUGUUGAGGAUAGAGUCAAAUGACUCUGGUGUCUGUUUGGGUCGCGAUCAGGCCCUCGUGAUUGAACAAGGAAAUGGAGUUGUGGUUGCUGUUGUGACGGCUACUAGUCUGAAUGUGAAUGAGAGUGAUGGAGCUGUACUGGUGUGUGUCUCUCUCAGCCAGCUUCCCUUUCAAGAUAUUGUGAGCGUCAGUGUCAUCACCAGCUCAGGAACUGCUCAGGGAGAUGAGGAUUAUAUUUUAGUGGAUGUAGUUCUUGAGUGGCACCAAGAUUCUGACCUCACUCAGUGUGUGAGUGUGGCCAUCAUCAAUGACGAGUGUGUGGAGGAGAAAGAAGAAGUGUUCACUGUCUCUCUGUCCACAGAGGAGGAGUGUGUUGACAUCGGAUCAGACAACCAAACUACUGUCACCAUUCUGGAUGAUGAUCGGCUGCUUGUGGAUUUCAGAGAUCAAGAUAUGGUAGAGGAAUCUGCUGGCAAUGUCACCUUGUGUGUGUACAUCUGUGAUGGAGUGCUUAAAAGAAAUGCAAGCAUCACAUUAGCUACAAAGGAGAUGACGGCACUUUCUCCUGCAGACUUCAGUGACUCUUCCUACGAGUUAAUCUUCACGCCAGAAAACGCUGAUCAGGACUUGUGUGUGAUAAUCUAUAUCGUCAAUGACACCAUAUACGAACUGACUGAGCAGUUUAUGGCUGUUCUGACCACCAACGACUCGUGUGUAGAGUUCAAGCAAGAGUCCACACCAAUCUCAAUACUAGAUGAUGACUGUGUAACUCUUGAUCUACAACCAGAAUUGGAAAUGGUAGCAGAAUCGGACGGAGUGAUUGAGGUGUGUGUCUCUCUGUCUGGAGAGCUGGAGACCAGUGUCAAUGCCAUGGUCUUUACUGUCCCUGGAAAUGCAAACGCUGAGGAUGACUUCUCAUUUGACUCCGUCAUGAAUGGUACUGGAAACAGUCCAGUAAUAUUAACCUUCACCGAGGCUGGGGAGCAAUGUGUCAACAUCUCCAUAGCAAUGGACAACUUGCUAGAGACCUCCGAACAUUUCUCUGUAGUGAUGGGCUCUCAGGAUGACAGAGUGAAAUUGAAGAACCGCAUCUCACGAAUCUACAUCAUUGACAGUGGAACGGUGAGGUUUGGGUUCUCUCAGAGUGUGUACCCAGUCCCUGAGGAGGACGCCAGUGGAGAGGGUUACAUCUUGGAGGUGUGUGUGGAGCUCUUCUCUGGAGAGCUGGACAGAGAGGUUGUCAUCAUUCUGGAAGAUCAGGAUGGAUCAGCUAUUGGAGGGAAAGAUUAUGUAGAAAUUGAGGAAGAUAUUACAAGUGUGGACAUUGUAUUUGCACCUGCACCGGUACAUCCUCACUGGGGAAGAAGGAAGCGAGCAGCAGCAGCACUACCUCGGUGUGUGAAUGUGACCAUUCUGGCCGAUGAUCUGGUGGAGAAUGAUGAGUUAUUUAGUCUGGUAUUGAGCAGUGUAGACCCUGGAGUUACUCUCAUGCCAGCCAACGCUACUGUAGUCAUCUUAAAUAAUGACUAUGCUAACGUGAGUCUGGCCCUAAACGCCUACCAUGUGGCCGAGAGUGAUGGCAAUGUGUCUGUGUGUGCUGUUCUGCUCGGAGGGGAACUAGCCCGGGAAGUGGCCGUCAAUAUCACUACCACUGACACCGUAGGAACAGCUACUGCUGGCUCUGACUACACCUCAGUGACGGACUACACCCUGAGCUUUGCCGCUGGCUCUCCAGUGAACUCCAUGUCAUGUGUGGACAUUGUGAUCCUUGAAAACAGUGCAGUGGAGGACAUUGAAGUUUUUGUUGUGGAGCUGUCCACCAGUGACCCUGUGAACAUCCUGUCACCUGACAAUGCUCCAGUGAUCAUCUUAGACAAUGAUGUCCUUAGAGUCGGGCUCGUUAAUUCCAGUUUCACUGUGAAUGAAACUGAUGGCUAUCUGACAGUUGGAGUUCAGAUUCUGGGUGGCAGUUUGGAGUUGGAAAAGAUUGUGUUGAUAUUCACAACAGCUGAUACUGCUACUCCAGGCCGUGACUAUGUGGAGCUUUCGAAUAAGAUUUUGAGUCUCCCGAGUGGACUGGGGGUUGGAGACGUGGUCUACUUCAAUGUGAGCAUCCUCAACGAUGAUGCAGUGGAAGAGAUGUUUGAGAACUUCACUGUCCACCUGAAUGACACGGUUCGUGUGUCUGUCAUUGGAAAUCGCUAUGCUGUUGUCGAUAUCAUGGAAGAUGAAACAGAUAUGCUUGGAGUCGGACUUGUUAGUUCCAGUUUCACUGUGAAUGAAACUGAUGGCUAUCUGAGAGUUGGAAUUGAGGUUUCGGAUGGCAGUUUGGAGUCGGAACAGACUGUGUUGAUAUCAACACAAGCUGGUACUGCUACUCCAGGCCUGGACUAUGAGGAAAUCCUGAGUAUGAUAUUGAUUCUCCCGAGUGGACUGGGGGUUGGAAACGUGGUCUACUUCAAUGUGAGCAUCCUCAACGAUGGGGCAGUGGAAGAGAUGCUUGAGAGCUUCACUGUCCACUUAAAUGACACGACUCGUGUGUCCGUCAUUGGAAUUCGCUAUGGUGUUGUUGAUAUUGAGGAGGAUGAGACAGAUGUUGUCAUGGUAACGUUUGGUCAGGCUGAAGUGUUAGUGAAUGAGGGCGACAGUAGCAGCGUGUGUGUCAACAUCACUGGUCAACUGGAACGACAGGUGGCUAUCAGUGUGUCCGUCUCCGGAGGCUCUGCAAGCACGGGUUCAGACCAUGAUUUCCCGGCUUCUACUUUUUUCAGUUUUAGCUCCUCCCCUGACACUUACUGCAUCUCCUUCAACACCACUCAAGAUGCCAUUUAUGAAAAUGAUGAGACCAUCUCUGUUCGUGUUGACUCCUCUGACCCUCAAGUCAAUACUGGUGCUAUCAGUACAGUCAGCAUUCUUGACAAUGAUAAAGUUGAGUUUCAGAUGGUGAUAGUCAAUGAGACGGUGUGUGAGAGUGACGGUUCUGCCAUGGUGUGUGUACAGCUGAUGACAGUCACUGAGAGAGAAGUCAUGGCCAGUGUGCAGCUGUCUGAUCUCAGUACUCAGAGUGGAUUGGACUACACUACUUCCACAGUGACCUUCAGUUUCCCCAACCCAUCUGCUGCUGACACAAUGCAGUGUGGAUUUGUACCUAUAAUGGAUGACACCAAUGUUGAGCCUUGUGAAGCUUUCUACCUGAACCUCACCUCCUCUGCUGAUAGGAGCUGUAUUGUCGACGAUGACCUGCCUAAUACUGUGAUCAUCUAUGAUGAUGAAGAUGUGGAUGAGUUGCUUCUUUUCAACGACUCUCCACAAAUCGUUGGUAGGAGCCUCACUGUGGACUACACCAUAUCCGGGUGUGCUCAAGUUUUGUGUCAAGUUAUAUCAAGAGUAGACGAGGUUGACUGUUCUCCCCCUACUGGUAGCCUCACUGGACAAUGGUUCCAAGAGUCAGUCACAACCAGGAGAACUAUCAAUAGGCUUCUUCUUACUGCUGUGCCACGCUGUCCCAGUCAGGUUGUUCCUGUAGGGUUUGAAGAAAGACGUUUCCGUAUAGAUAUCCCACAGUGUGGUGUGGUAUUCACUGACCAGCAGUACGAGGUUGACCCUGUAUCUGGUGACGUGACUGUGGAGUGGGCCGGAACUGGACCAACUGCUGAAGUCAAUGUCAGUGAAUUCACGUGUCGUCUGCCCGAUGGAACAUCUACAGAUUGCACCAGUCCAUUUGUGAUCACUGGUCUAGCUCAAGGUGUUUCCCACACCUUCUCAGUAACACCUCGGCAAAUCAGUAAUUCUAGCCUGCCUCAAUGUGCCAGUAGGAGAGGAUUAAUUGGUUCCGUCCUUACCAUCCAACUCUAAGAACAAUUUCCUGUUAAUGCUUUUCUCAUAAUUAUGGUUAACUAGUUCCGUCUUUUUUAAUCUGUAGUGAAUACAAGUAGACUGAACAACUUCAUGUAUGACAUUAUAGUAAUUUUCAUCUGUAUAUAAUUAUACCAUGCAUGCAUGUAAUUAUAAAUAAUACAUAUCAACUGUCAGUGCAUGCAUGCAUGAGAUAUAAUUAUGAUUACUAAGUCAAUCCGUUCUUAUCUCAAUCGGCACUCUUGACUCAUUUUCUCGUUCUCACUGCAUUACAUGGCCCUAGCUAUACUGA